GCAGGGCCCAGGCAGCAGCCGCGCGGUGGGCGAGCUUCUUAGCCUCCUCCGCAACCGGUGGCUCCGGCCUCCCCGGCGCAUCGGCUCGAGAAGCGCCGCCGCCGCCCGACCCCCUGCGCGGAGCCGGUCAGCGUCCCGAGGCCACUGGGCAGGAAGAUUCUGAGACCAGCUCUUGAAUUUCUAAGGAUCAGAAUUUGCUCAGCAUCCUCACUGUUAACCACUUUGGUUUCAUCUGGCUGUUUGUUGUCUUCUGCUCUUGUCCAGUACCAUCUGUUGCUGAUACAGAAGGACUGCAGGAACAGGUCCUUGGAUGCCCGCUGGACAGAAACUUGAAACUUGAGAUCAUCUUCAUAUCAUAGCAGAGCCUCAACCUGUUCAUUGUUUGGGGAAGAGAUAGCCCAUGUGCUGUGGAGAUGAGUGGGGAGCAGCAGCUGGAUGCAGAUUCUGGGCCUGGUGCAGAAGAAGAAUUCAGCUGGGAGGAUUAUCUAGAAGAGACAGGCUCCACCACAGUUCCCUAUGCAUCCUUUAAACAUGUGGACAUACGUUUGCAAAAUGGCUUUGCUUCUGGGAUGAAGCUGGAGGUAGCUGUGAAAAAAGAUCCCGAAACUUACUGGGUUGCCACUGUCGUUACUGCCUGUGAGCAGUUACUCUUACUCCGUUAUGAAGGCUAUGGGGAAGACCGGAAAGCAGACUUCUGGUGUGACAUCAGGAAGGCUGGCCUCUACCCCAUUGGGUGGUGUGAGCAGAAUAAGAAGACUCUUGAAGCUCCAGAAGGCAUCAGAGAUAAAGUGUCUGAUUGGGGUGCAUUUCUAAAGCAGACCCUGAGAGGAGCCUGUAGUCCUCCUGUGUCUCUGCUAGAGGGCCUCCGUCAUGGAAGGAAUCCUUUAGACCUCAUUGCCCCAGGAUCCAGACUAGAAUGCCAAGCUUUUCAGGACUCUUUAAGCACUUGGAUUGUUACUGUUGUUGAGAACAUUGGGGGGCGGCUGAAGCUGCGUUAUGAAGGACUUGAAAGUUGUGACGGUUUUGAACACUGGUUGUAUUACUUAGAUCCGUUUCUUCAUCACAUUGGUUGGGCUGCUCAGCAAGGAUAUGAACUUCAGCCCCCACUAGCCAUCAGGCACCUGAAAAAUGAAGCUGACUGGCAAGAGAUUCUGGCCAAAGUAAAAGAGGAAGAGGAAGAGCCAUUGCCCUCUUACUUAUUUAAGGAUAAGCAAGUUAUUGGAACCCAUGAAUUUUCUGUAAAUAUGAAAUUGGAAGCUGUGGACCCAUGGUCUCCCUUUGGGAUUUCUCCUGCUACAAUUGCUAAGAUUUUUGAUAAUAAGUACUUUCUGGUGGAAAUGGAUGACCUUCGACCAGAAGACCAUACAAGGAGAUCAUUUGUGUGCCAUGCUAACAGUCCUGGCAUCUUUCCUGUACAGUGGAGUCUAAAGAAUGGUUUACACAUCAACCCUCCUCCAGGCUUCCGGAGCCAGGACUUUGACUGGGCUGACUACCUCAAACAGUGUGGUGCCGAAGCUGCCCCCCAGAAGUGCUUCCCUCCGUCAAUUUAUGAGCACCAGUUUAAGAAGAACAUGAAAGUGGAGGCAGUGAACCCUCUUCUCCCUGAAGAAGUCUGCAUUGCCACCAUUACUGCCGUGAGAGGCUCUUACCUGUGGCUCCAGCUAGAAGGUUCUAAGAAGCCUAUACCUGAAUUUAUUGUAAGUGUGGAGUCGAUGGAUAUAUUUCCUUUGGGCUGGUGUGAAGCCAAUGGCCAUCCUCUCAGUACUCCUCGUCGGGCACGAGUGCAUAAACAGAGGAAAAUUGCAGUGGUUCAGCCAGAAAAACAACCCAGAAUACUGUCUUCAAGAACUGUCCAUGAGGGCCUGAAGAAUCAGAUGAACUCCCCAUACUCAGUGAUGACCAAUGGAAAAUAUUGUUGUCCAAAGAUAUACUUCAACCACCGUUGCUUCUCAGGGCCAUACCUUAACAAGGGAAGAAUUGCUGAGCUGCCUCAAUGUGUAGGUCCUGGGAACUGUGUUCUGGUACUUAGAGAGGUCCUCACUUUACUUAUCAAUGCAGCCUACAAACCCAGCCGUGUCCUUCGUGAGCUCCAGCUGGACAAAGACUCUGUGUGGCAUGGAUGUGGGGAAGUCCUAAAAGCCAAAUAUAAAGGAAAGAGUUACCGAGCUACUGUUGAGAUAGUGAAAACAGCGGAUCGGGUGACUGAAUUCUGCCGGCAGACAUGUAUCAAACUGGAAUGUUGCCCUAACCUCUUUGGUCCACGGAUGGUUCUGGAUACGUGUUCUGAGAACUGCUCUGUUCUUACAAAGACUAAAUACACACACUAUUAUGGAAAGAAGAAAAAUAAAAGAAUUGGAAGGCCACCUGGUGGUCAUAGUAAUUUAGCUUGUGCCCUGAAAAAAGCCAGUAAGAAGAGAAAAAGGAGGAAAAAUAUUUUUGUUCAUAAGAAGAAACGCGCGUCUGCAUCUGUUGACAAUACCCCAGUGGGCUCACCCCAGGGCAGUGGGGGUGAAGAUGAGGAUGAUGCUGAUGAGGGAGAUGAGGAUUCGCUAAGUGAGGACAGUGCAUCCGAACAGCAGGAUGAAUUACAGGAAGAAUCCGAAGUGUCAGAAAAAAAGUCAUGCUCCCCUUCUCCCCCCCAGAACGAGAUGCCCACCCCACUGCCCCCAGACACAGAGAUGAGUAAAAAAGAACUCCGCACUCCUUCAUUCUCAGAUGAGGAAAAUAAGCCUCCUUCACCAAAGGAAAUAAGGAUUGAAGUUGAUGAAAGGCUUCACCUGGACAGUAACCCACUGAAAUGGAGUGUGGCAGAUGUUGUGCGGUUCAUCAGGUCCACUGACUGUGCUCCACUGGCAAGAAUAUUCCUUGACCAGGAAAUCGAUGGGCAGGCCCUUCUGCUCCUUACCCUGCCCACUGUUCAAGAGUGCAUGGACUUAAAGCUGGGCCCUGCCAUCAAGCUUUGCCAUCACAUAGAGAGGAUCAAGUUUGCUUUUUAUGAGCAGUUUGCCAACUGAGAAGGACAAGCAGAGUGAGCUGGGUCUUUGAAGCACAGUGCAGCAAACCCUUGACCAUGCUCUGCAGGUGGCUGCAGUAGUCCUGGGGCGGACUGUCAGCCCUGCAAAUGUUGGCUUGCUUUCUUUGCACUUUCAGGGAAGGAGGACCCACACCGCGGAAGCGAAAACAGCACAGAAACGGCUGUUCUACAGUGGAAAUACGGACUUCUGUUCAGAAGAUUGCAGUUCAAAAAGUUGUGAGAAGAAAAAAAACCUUAAAAACAUGAAUUCCCACUAAUGGGAAAACAGAGAGUGAUCUGGACAGCACCAGUUUGGUUAUUUUCAUUCUGUUCCUUCCCACUGUAGGUUGAACUUUGUUCUCUGCUUUCUCUUUCUUGAAAAGAGGACACAGCUUUAAGUCAGCACUGAUUUGGGACUGUGCCUAUGGCACAUCAGUGCUUCAUUGUCAUUGUGUUUUUAAGCUUUUUCUUUUUCUUUUUUCUUUUUUUUUUUAAAUUAAAGCAGUUCAUUUUGGGGAUGAUUAUGUGGCUCUAAGGUUUUGAAUGUAUAGUCACACUUUGAUCCAUUUUAAAAUCUAUUCUUAGGAGUUCCUUUGUUUACUACCUCUGUUGAUGACUGCGCUUACAGCCAUGAGUGACAUUUUUGUAUGAUGCCAUUUUUAAGCUGAAUGCUAAAUCUGUGACAGAAGUUAGAGAAGGCCCUGUCUGCUUUCUUAAAGAUGUCCUUUGGCACUUACCCCAAUCCCUUAACCAGUUUGUCCUAAGAAUUCUACUGUUGUUUCCUUCAUCUUGACCCAGUUUGGGCCACCUUUGUUAGGCGGCCUCACGAAGGCUAAUGUAUGGUAUUUCAGUUGAAUUACUCUCUCCCUAUUAGUUCUGAAAGAUAUAUAAGUGGCUUUUAUUUUAUGUUUACUUUUCCCUAGAGCUGUUUGACUACCUCUGUUUCAUUCUGGAGUCUCCACUCUCAGUGAAGAUCAGUAGGUGUUGUUGGGAUCCACUGUAGAGCCCGUUUUCCCAAUUUUCUAGAUGUGUCCAGGUAGAAGCACAGCAGAGAAAAUGUGGCUUUGGGGGUGGCGCAAAGUAUGGAGGUUGUUAGCAGUGUCCUCCAUGAUAAGUAUUGAGAAGUAGUUAUGGAGUCUAUGACCCCACCACCCCAAAUGUCCCAGAUCUUGUCUUAUCUGGAAAGCCAAUCAGAGUUGGUUGGUACUUCGAUGAGAGAGGUGGUGGAGGAGUCUGUAAGCCUCUGUUCAGCCAUGUGUAUACCUGUCUGCAGUUAAACCAAUUUAAAUUUAAUGUAAUUUACAGUCUGAGGAUUCUCAUUCAGUAGCUCAUUCUUUGAAUUUUUUUUUCAAUUAAACUCUAGUUGACAUGAAACUCUAGGUGAAUUUUCACUUAUAAUGGCAUUGUUAGCUAUUCUAGAAGAAUAGCACUUACUAUACUGUAGCCAUGAGUAAGGAAAGACAUACAUACACAGGUUGCCUCCUUUAAAUGUUUUCCUUGUUAAUUAAUUAUUUAUUUAUUUAUUUUGGGGUUACCCUAAUCUCUCUACAGAUUUAUACCCUAAGCAUUUUUCCUCAAGAAUUGAAAAUGUUUUAAAACUGCAAACUGAGUAAAUUCUGAACAACUAUACAAAUAUAAGGUAAUAUUACAAAUUUAAAUUGUGAUUUUUUUUUUCUUACCUCAACCCCCAUUUGUUUUUAUGGACACUGGGAAAGUCUGUAAUCUGGAUCCUGUUCUUCAUUGGAUAACUCUUGAACCACUUUAAUUGAAGCCCUCCAGCCAAGUCUACACACAGUAGUAACUCUUCAUAUUGUUACCAACAGGUGUAUCUGGAAGAAGCUGCCGCAUCUCAGUCACAGCUCAUUAUUUGAGCUUACUUAGAGAUCCAGCUUUUAAAAACUUGAGUGGUUCAUGACCCUGGGAGAGAAGCAUACUUGACACUCGGAAACAGCUAGUAUUGGCAGGCUGAUUUGGAGUGGCUGUCUUCCUAGAAUUUCCCCAGACCUCCACAGUCAAGUCACUAGUACAAAAGGGGGGCCUCCUAAAACUAUGCCUGUAGGAGCUCACAUUGUUGUCUUAGUAAAAGGAAGGGUGACAGCGGCGACUGUGUCAUUGUGUCUCUCUUCGUGACCUCAAAGAUGACAGAAUGUAGAACUAGCAGAGAUGACAGGUAUUGUGUCUGAAAAGGUGAAGCACAUGGCCUUACGUAGUCCUGAGUAGGGGAGGGUUGGAACACAACAGUCUUGUCUGACUGUACCAUAAUUAUUCAGGCUCUCCUUUCUCCUGUAGAAAGGCCAGUCAUAAAUUAGACAAGUGAGGAGGGUAUCCUUAAGUGUUCCUUGCACUCUUAUUUGGAUACAAUAUACUUGAUAGUCACAUUAAAGAAGAAUUAUGGAGCCCAGUGUGGUGGCACAUGCCUUUAAUCCCAGCACUCAGGAGGCAGAGCCAGGUGGAUCUCUGUGGAGUUCGAGGCCAGCCUUGUCUACAGAUUGAGUUCAGGACAGGCUCCAAAGCUACACAGAGAAUUUUGCAGAGGACUUUUUAAAGUAUAAAAUUCUAAUCCCAAAUUGGGUAUGGUGAUACAUACCUCUAAUCCCAUCACUUGGGAAGUGGAAAUGAAGAUCAGAAGUUCAAGAUCAUCCUCAGCUACAUAAUAAAUUCUGGGCUAGCCUGGACUAUAUGAGACUCUGGGGGUUUUUUGGUUGUUGUUUUUUUUUUCUGUUUAGAUAAAUAAGAUAAUAAGUUAGAUAACUAAUAUGCUAGGGUUAGGCUGGGUAGCAGUGAUUGUUCAAUUACGAUGAUUCUCAGAUGUUUUAAGCUUGGUAAUAGCUUGCAUUGUUGGGGUAAGGGGCUUAUAUGUUGCACAUUUGUGUGUGACGUCUGUUUCUGAGGAAGCCAAGCUCUUAAAUUGGUUACAAGUAUGUUGUCUGGAGUUCGUCUGCAGUUCUCACAGCUUGCCUGCAGGCAAGUUUAUUGUGAUACAUCUUUAACCUGGGUUGACAAACUUAGAAACACAUGAAUGGCCUCCAUUAUCCUCCUAGACCUGAAAAGUAAACUGACUUAAACUAGACUUUACAGCUUUGUUGGUCCUUUAGGAGAAACCGUGACCUGUGUGUGCAGAUUGGCCCUGAUGUUUUGACUAUAUUUUAUUGGUUUCUUGUGACCGCUAUUUUCCUUUGUGAGCCAUCUUCAUCCUUUUCAAAUAUAGGCAAGCAUUAAUGGAGCCUUUGAAUUCUAUCUUUAGUCUUUCUUUAGCAAUGUACUUGGUUCCCUGUGUUUAUAAUAUGUCUCAAGGAAGGGUACUAGCCAACCUCUAGAAGGGAUGAUCUUGGUAAAUAUUUUUUGAAUUAUGAUAGAGGCAGGAAUAGAAAACCACUUCAGACUUUGACCUUUGUAUGUCUCUUUUCCUAGAAGUAAAAUUAUUUUCACUGUUGGGGAAAAGGCAUUAGACCCAACUUCCUGAAGACUUGGAAGACUUGAGUACAUUUUACAUGCUCUCGAGAACCAAGUUGGUUAUUAAUGGGAUGCCUGAAUACAGCACCCCAUUAAUAAGGCAGGUAGGACUCAAAACACCCCACCCUCUCUGUUUUCAAGACACACAGCAUAUCAGGGGAUCUAAAUGACAGGUAGCAGCAAUGUGAAAUCAUUGUAAAAACUAUCACUGAUGCUUAUUCUUACUUGAUACUUCUCACCAAAAACUUACAUUGAAGAGAUUCUUUUCUGGUUUCAUUGAUUGCCAGAAGUGCUGGAAUGAAUGUGGAAACACACAUCGAGUUUGAACUUGUCUUACAUACUGGAUAUAUUCCAUGUGUGUGCAAAUUCAUACAAGUCCCUAAAUGAUCCGUUUUAUCAAUAGGACCUGUGUUGUCCUUUUGAAGUAAGAAAGCACAUCACAGAAGUGAAGUACAAAGCUUGGGCUAACAAGAUACUGCCUUUGUAGAUUUGGAUGUCUCUGGUCUGAGGACCUUUGUACUUAUGUGUCUUGUAGCCAUGGUGUUGGAUUAGAAACUCUGUAAGGACAGAGCCUCCUGUACAACCAAGAAGUAACAAUCACUUUCCUGGCACUGGCUUUUCCAUUUUAAAUGUUUUACUCAUGAAUUUUGGUGAUUGCUUUGUAUAAGAAUGUAUAUACUUGGGGAGUUUGAAUUUAUCCUAGUAAGCUACCUAUUGACCUAGAGUUUAGUUGUAAGAAUUCUAAACCCAAAGUCUAGUCCAAAUGGAUAUGGUUCCAGGUCCAGUCACUUGGGGCUUGUUUUCCUCGGUGCUUGUCUUCAGCCACACAGGUAACUUGGCUCUGGGAGCAGCCUUAAGUAUGAAACAUAAAGGUAGUGGGUAUUAAAUGCAGUGCAUAUUGAUUUUCUUGCUACUGUGUUUAAGAAGUCAGAAUUUCACAGGAACCUGCAAACACAGGAGUGAAGGUUUAUAGAGGAGGUAGGGGAUAGGAGAGUAGGUCUAAAACUAAUGCUUUUUCUGACUAGUCUGGUAUGGUGUUAGGGCCUACCCCAGUGAAGUGCUGUGGAUUCACCAGACAGCUGUCACUGCCAGCAGUGGAGUGCAGAGCUGAGCCACAGGGAGGAGGGAAGGGAGCUGCUGACAGUGGACAGUGUCCCCCUGCUGAUGUGUGUGAGAGGGACUGUCUUCAGGGUUCCCUCCCCUAUGGCUUAUUCUGUGUCUAGCUUUGCAGAAUAGAGGAGGUUACAGACUUUAAGGGCAACUCAGAUCACAAAGCAGAUGCUUAGUGGAGGAGACAAAAGUUGACAAAGCUUGGGCAGAGGUGAAGGGGCAGUCUCUAGUCCUUUUAUAAGAUACUGGGGAAGAUAGUUUCUCUUGAGACGCUGAGUGCUCAUUUGUUUUUCCUCUCACCUCCCUCCUCUUCUUUUAGUUGAAUUUUCUCUAAUGACAAUCAGAGGCAUGCCAGGAUGGGACUCCAGGCCGGAUCCAGCUCUAUCCUUAGGCCUCUCUCCAAUAAUCUCUCCUUGCAAGUAAUGCACCUUGUUUAAUGUAUUUUUACUUUUAAAAAACAAGCCAAAAAAAACAAAAAUAAGUUGCGUGUUUGGAACAAAAUGAAAUGCUUUUGGCAUUGUAUCCUUCCUGCUUGCUGUUUUUCCUUUUAAUUUAAAAAUUUAUGCAUUGAAGACCAAGUACACUUAAGGAGAAGAAUGCACUAGAGUACCUAUUAAAAUAACUCCCAUCAAGUUUGAUGGUUAUAAUUUUAAAGGAUUAAAAACAAAACAAAACUAUUUUGAAUGAA